AUGAUCUUAAAGGGGCUGCCUGAUUCAUAUAAACCGUUCUCGAUACAUGUGACCCAAAGUGCAAGUGAGAUAACGUUCGCGAAGUUUAAGAGCAUGUUGAGGAGCUUCGAAGAAACGGAAAAGCUCAACACCAAACCGAAAGUUGAUCAGGUAAUGAAAGCUGAGUUUCCUUCGCAAACAAUGACAUGUUAUGGCUGCGGGAAAAGAGGGCAUUUAGUCAGAGAGUGCCCUGCUAAGAGCGAGAAGAAGUGGUGUAACUAUCACAAAAGUACAACACACCCGGAUAGCACCUGCAGAAGUCAGCAAAAGAGCAAAGACCAAGCCAAACAGGUGUCGGAGAAAGAAAACACCUCUAAAGAUGAACAUUCAUUUGCAUUCAAAGUUAACGACGAAGCAACAGGGAAAAUCAAUCGAAUGGGAAUGUUCGUUGACACAGGUGCCACUUCUCACAUUGUUACUACUGAUAUUUUAAAGCAAAUAGACAUGACAUUUAAACCAUCAAAACAUUACAUUGAACUGGCUGAUGGCACACGAGCCAGUAAUAUUGCAUUGAAACGAGGGGAUGCUGAAGUGUUUCUGAAAGAUACAAAUGGAAAAUGUGUGAAAAUGGUGCUGAAAAACGCCUUAUAUAUACCAUCCUAUCCUCAAGAUAUUUUCUCAGUGAAUACAGCCACAUCAAAUGGAGCCAAGCUUCUAUUUGCCCAAGAUACUGGUGAGCUAACCCUUCAAGAUGGUACCACUGUUGAAAUUGAAGAACAUGGACGGUUGUACUAUUUGACUUCCAUAGACAGUCAUGAGAACGAUAGCGUAAGUGAAGUAGAUAAAGUAAAUCUCUCGUAUGAUAUUAACACAUGGCAUGAAAUCCUAGGGCACUGCAAUUUUGAAGAUAUUAUAAAACUACAGGGGGUAGUUACGGGCAUGAAAUUCUCAGGUAAAAUUGAGUCAUCUAAGUUAGGUUGUAAUACAUGUGUAGAAGGAAAAUUUGUAAACAGCAGGAGAAGGAUUCCUGAUGCAAGAUCUCAAAAAUCAUUGGAGAAAGUGCAUGUGGAUUUGGCAGGUCCAGUUUCUCCUGUAUCAAGAGAGGGGUUUAAGUACUGCAUAGCUUUUACUGAUGAUUUCUCAGGAGCAGUAUUUGUUUACUUUCUGAAAUGUAAAAGUGACACCUUUGUAGCAACAGAGAAAUUUCUAGCAGACAUCACUCCUUAUGGCAAGGUAAGUUGCAUCCGUUCUGACAAUGGCUCAGAAUUUACAGGUAAGGCGUUUCAAACACUACUAAGGGAGCGUGGCAUAAAAUAUGAAACUUCUGCUCCCUACUCGCCACACCAGAAUGGCACCGCCGAAAGGCACUGGCGCACAUUGUUCGAAAUGGGCAGAUGUCUUCUUCUCCAAUCAGGGUUACCCAAAACUCUCUGGCCCUAUGCAAUUCAAACCGCAGCUCACAUUAGGAAUAGAUGUUUUAAUAAGAGAACAAAGACAACACCCUACUUUAGCCUUACUGGGAAAGUACCUGAUCUUUCUAAAAUGUGGAUCUUUGGAUCUGAAUGUUUUGCUUACGAACAGGAGCAUAAGAAAUUAGACUCAAGAUGCAGCAAGGGGGUAUUUGUGGGAUACAACAAAAAUAGCCCUUCUUACCUAGUGUACUACCCAAAAAAUGGGAAAAUCAUGAGACAUCGACUCAUUAGAUUCAUCAAGAAAUGUAGUGUAGAACAGCACACACAAACUGAUGAGUCCAGCAGGGAUUGUGAUGUACAUGAGAAAUCUGACCAUGAUACUAGAUCAGACUUAGAUAGUAUGAGCCUCCCUGUUUUAAGUGCAAUGCCGCCAAAUACAGUGCCUGAUGAGGAGCCUAGGGAUAGUGAGGGAAGGCAUUGCAACCAUACUGAGAAUGACAGUGAGACAAAACG